UCUGUUGUGGACAGUUUGUUAGAUCAUAAUCUGAUUAGAGUUAAAUAGAUUAGACAGACUACAAACGUCGAUAGAAACGACAAGAGAUGCGAACACCAUUUAAAUGAUAAUAUUUGUAUACUGACCAUCUCAAAGACAGCUUUUAGGUCGUGUCUAUCUGACGAUGUGAAGUGAAGAAUAUUGUUUUAGUCUUGGAUUGUGUAAUGCUCGUAAGGAACUGUUAUUGCUCAUUUGCUAACUUACUACCUCACUGAAACAGUAAGUUUUCUCUCAAAACAAUUUUUCUUUUCUAUUGUCCAUCCCUUUCCAGUUUAAGAUCUCAGAUGUGACAAAAUGCCUGGUGCUGUCAAUCCAAAUCCUUGGAGUUUCUCUGAGUUAAUGGGGCAGAGGAGCAUUCUUGGAGUUGUAGUUUUGAUUGCAUGGUUAGUCCUGUUCCAUCUUCUGGUGAAUGUAUGGCUGCUGUGCAUCUUCACCAGUCUGUUGGUCGUGCUGGGUGGAUGGCUGGGAUCUCGUGUCGCUUUGGAUGCCAACAGCCUCCUUCAUUUGGAGCACUUUCUUCCACUCCGUCAGUCCCCUGAAGUUCACGCUACCUCAGAGAGUGAACAAAGACUGGAUUGGGAGAUUCAGAGUGCUGUUGACAAGGCUUUGCGGGACUUUGUGUCAUCCUGGUACUGCAGUUCUCUUUCUAAAGGAGGGAAUGAGUUUGAAUGGGAGGUGAGGGAUGCCAUGCUGGAGGCGGCCGCUGAACUGAAGAGGAGGGCAAAGCAGGUGGACCGGAAAGCGCUGGCACAGAGGGUUCUAGAGCUUUGCGGAUGCCAUCUGCAGAGCUUUAGCCAAGCCAAGGAACUCCAACGCACACUGCAAGAAGAGUCUGACCAAACCUUUUCAAGCUCACAAAAACUAUGGAGAUUGUACAGUAGAGCUGAUUUGCCUCACCCAGCCCUGACUGGCCCUGCUAACCAGCUCUGCUACACCAGAGCACUGGUAGAUCUCCUCAUGCACGUCCUUAUUCCCAAAUCUCACUUGGAAACAAGAACAGGCCGGUACAUGGUGGGAGAGCUCAUCACCUGCAAUGUUGUUCUGCCCCUCGUGGCAAGAAUAUCCAAUCCAGAUUGGUUAAACCAGGCCAUUGUAGAUGUGUUCACCCAAUCCACUGACAAAGAAGCACCAAGCCCACAGCAAACACCUCCAGAAGACGAAGAAGAAUCUGUUGGCAGCUUCUGGGAUUGUGACUGCCCAGUUACUGUCAACUGUCCUGAAACCUCCAGCAUGCAGACAGCUUGGUCUGAAUCCACAGCCCCACUUCAUGAUUCAUCUGAAACAAGUUUCCAGAGUCAGUGGUCCUCUGAUGAAAAUGUACAAGGGACGAGAAGUUCCAGUAUUCUUUUUCCAGAAAGAAUGACCCAAAGUACAGCCGAACUGCUCAGAUCUCCUUACCGCAGCAGCCGCCUCUAUAGACACAGUGACUACGACCUGGAUUCCCCCUCUUCAGAUGAGAGAAAGAUAUCUAGUGAGUCUUUGAAACGAACAGACUCAGAUGAUGAGAACUUCUGCGACUGCAUGUCUCCUUCAGACUUUUGUGGCUUGGUUUGUCUGGAGGAAGACACGUUGGGUCUUUUGGGAAAGUGUUUCAGGCAAAAUGUGUUCAUUUCAGAGCCCCCAUCACUGGAGAGUACAGUGGAAGAGUGUCCAGUCCAACCCCUGACUUGCACACCAAACUCAAUCCCCAGAAGCCUUGGUCUGGACUCAUUAGUUUUCGGUAACUUGGGAAAUCUUGAGGGACUGGUAACUAUUCAGAACUUGCAAAUCACUGGGACCAGCACAGCCAAAGAGCAAAGAAGCAACAGCACUAAUCCAUAUACUCUUUACACUAUUAAGUAUGAAACUGCUGGAGAUUCAGUGAGUUCAAAGACUGAUCAGCCUGUUGUAUAUCAUGUGGUGAACCGGCGCUACAGUGAAUUCCUCAAUCUGCAGACCCGUUUGGAGGAAAGGCUGGAUCUCAGGAAGGUGAUCAAAAAUGUCAAAGGUCCAAGGAAACUCUUCCCAGACCUUCCCUUCAGCAACCUAGACACAGACAAAGUGGAAGCCAGGAGAAGCCAACUGGAAUCAUUCCUCAGGAAACUGUGCACCAUCCCAGAAGCAGCUAACAGUGAGGAGGUGCGUGAAUUUCUUGCCCUCAACACUGAUGCCACAGCAGCUUUCCAGAAAAAGCCGUCAAGUUCACGCAUAGACAAGAUGGUGGAGAACAUAGUGGACACUCUGAAGACAGCAUUUCCGCGCUCAGAACCCCAGAGCCCCACAGAUGAAGGAGACCCACAAAGAAAACCCCGUCUGAGAUUCUCCAGUAAAAUAGCUCUUAAUGUUCCAAGCCUGCAACCUAAAGUGAUGUACUCUUUCAGUGAACGCUGCUCAGUUCUUCAAGGUUUCUCCCUGUCAGAUCUGGAGGGGUUUGUGGAGGAACAGGAGAAGCAGGUGGACGGGGGUGUCAAGAGUCAGUAUGUAGAAGGAAGACCCAUGAGAGAACAGAGAUUGCUAGAAAAAAGAGGAAGAGGAGCAGACACUACCCUGGCAGAUAUCGCGCUGAAUAUCUUGUGUUUGCUGAUGAAGGACCAGUGGAGCUGGCUGUGUAGAGAAAACAUCCAGAAAACCAUCAGACUCCUCUUUGGCACUUUUAUUGAAAGGUGGUUAGACAUAGGUAUAGCCCACCUAACCAGCGCCCCAUGCUGGGUGAUCUACCUGCGUGUUCUCCAGGAUGCAGUGUGGCCCGGGGGUGAGCUGCCUGUGGUGCCUCGGACAGAGAGGAGCCCAGAGCAGAGAGAGAAGACUAGACUCCAGUGCCUGCACUGCCUCAUGCGGCUGUUCCCAGAGUUAAUUACAGACAUCCUUGGCACUGAGAAAUGCAGGCUGGUGUGGGAGCAUGUGCUAGAAUCUCUACAGGACCCCAGUAUUAACAGGCACUUGGUUUACUGUGUCUUUGACCUGCUGCUGGAGUUCCUUGUUCCAGAAUUUUCUGAGGAGACGUUCCAGAAGUCUUUACUUCAGAGUCUCCCUGGGGAUGAAGAGAGAACACUAUCAUCCGCCUAAAGACACUAUGUUUCUUUUCUUCUUUCUUUCAAAACUAGUGCAGUGGUUUUGAGAUGAGGAUAUUUGGAUCUGUUUUUAUCAGAAUGGCUUAUCAGUUUGGCUGGCUUUGUAGACAGCUGUUCUUGUCUCUCAGUUUCUAUCUGACUUUCUAACUCGCUGUCUCUUUCAAAUGGGUUUAGAGUAGAAGUUCAAAAUAAGGUUUAAGGCACCAUUUUGAACUUAAACUUACCCACAAUGUGUAGUCUUCGAAUACUGAAUAUUUUCUAUUCAGGCUAACUUUCAAGUGAAAUUCAUUUCACAUCAAAGUCCUUGGAGACCACUCAGAUAAGCUCUUGAAUGUAUUGGUGGUACAUUCAUAAAGUAUGCACUUUAUAUGCACCUUAUUCAGGACUAUUGUCAAAAAGUUAUUUUCUAUCAUCAGCUGAACAAUGGGUGUGUUGUCAGGACAAUCAAUUGAAUGCCCUGUAUUUAUAUCUCUCACAGCCUCGAUUUUAUUACUGUCAAAAAUUAAAUACAAUGCUACCCUGACUAAGGUUAAUUUAAACAGGAGAAAGGAAAGUUAUAUUCAGUUUCAAUUUUUUUUUUUUUUUUUUUUGAAUACAUAAAGAAAUGUGUUCAUUUAAAAUGGUAAGAAAAACUAAAUGCACCUCCUUAUGUUCUUUUUUUAUCUCAUGUUCUUUCUCUGAGCCUUAUUUUUCGUCCAAACCUGGACUUUCCUGUCUGAGAAACCACAGACGGCUCAAAUUCUUCAUGGACAUUAGCAUUUGUCAAAUAAAAGACUUAUCAUUUCUGGGAAUAGACCUAUUUUUAAUUGUUUAAUGUGUAGUCUCUGCUCUGUGUGGUUCUAGACAAAACAUUAAGAGGGAUCAGUGAAAAUCUCUUCUUGGCAAUCUGGUUGUUUAGGUAUUUUGUCCCAACUGUGACUCUUUGAAGUGAACAAAAAGUCUAAAAGUCUUAACAUUGAAAGUAUUCACUUGCAUGGAAUAAUAAUUAAGCAGUUUUUGUAUACGUUGCCAUUCAAAAGUUUGAGAAAGGCCAUUUCAUUUGUUUGUUUGUUAAUUUGUUAUUUUAAGAAAUUAAUACCUUUAUUCAGCAAGGGCACAUUAAACUGAUCAAUUGACAGUAAAUACUUAUAAAUUAACUUUAUAUUAAUCCAAGAAUCAUGAAAAAAAUUGUAUCGCAGGUCACAGAAAAUAUUAAACGCCAUAAAUCUUUUUACAUUGAUAAUGGUAAGAAAUGUUUCUUGAGCACCUAGUCAUUAAAGGGAUACUCCACCCCAAAAUGAACAUUUUGUCAUUAAUCACUUACCCCUAUGUCAUUCCAAACCUGUAAAACCUUGACCUUGACACUGUAUUUUUCCUGGCAGUCUAGGGGACAGUCACAAGCCUCCCGGUUUCCAUCCAAAAUAUCUUAACAUUUGUUCCAAAGACGAACAAAGCUUUUACGGGUUUGGAACGACAUGGGGUAAGUGAUUAAUGACAAAAUUUUCAUUUUGGGGUGGAGUAUCCCUUUAAGUUGAAUUAUUAAUAUUAAGUUUGAAUUAUUUCUGAAUGAUUGUGUGAAGACAUGUGAAAACUUCAGCUUUGCAAUGACAGAAUUUAUUUGCAAAAUAUUUUCAAAUAGAAAAAGAGUUCAAAUUGUAAUAUUUCACAAUAUUUUUUUUUUUACUGUUUUUGAUCAAAUACAUAUAACCUUGAUGAGCAUAAGAGACUUCUUUCAGAAACAUUUUAUAUGUUAUCUUAUCACAUAUCUUACCGAUCCAAAACUUUUGAACAGUAAUUUAUGCCUUAUAAUAUGUUUUAUGUAUAAAGAUUUCAGGAAUGUUUCAUUCGUUAUCUUUGAACUCCAUUACCAUGAAGAUUAUAGUGCAGUCAUCUCUUUAACUUAAUCUGAGAAUGAACAGAGCCCAGCAAGACUGUCAAUAGAGGACCACAAGUGAGUCCAGGAUUAGACUUAAUCUGCUUUCUGUAACAGUCCCUACCUAUAAAAUGGCCAGACUGCAAUGUCCACGUCACCUGGCCUUGCAAGUCUAGCUUUAGAGUUGGACAGUGUUGUUUUAAACAUCUGUGACCAAGGCCAGCUUAUUAAGGAAGCCAGUGAAGCUGAAUUAGAUACAAUUUCUUGUUAUUUUCAUUCUUGCAUGCAUAGCCAUCGGAUGUCUGGGGGCUAUAAUAAAAUCCAUGUGUUAUUAUUUGGAGGUUUGUUAAACACACAUGCACACUUUCUAGAAGCACUUUGUGUACUUGUCUCACACGCUGGUUUUGAAACCUAGCUGGAAUUGUGUAUUAGAUGUACGAGUGUGAUGACUGCAUGAUAGCAACAGGUGUACAGAGACUUGAGAUUCAAACACCAGAUGUAAUGUUUUCAACACUUUUUUAUUUAUUAUUAUUUUUUUUUACAAAUAGCCAGAACUAAACCGUGGACAACAGAAGAAUUCAAACAGCUGUCUGGAAAAUAAAUUAUUUAGAUGUG